AUGGCCGCUGUAUCACGCACAGAUCUCUCCAAAGCCGAGCACGACGAACUCAGUUGCGUCUUUGCUGCCUUGAUUCUCCAUGACGAAGGUGUAGAAGUGACAGCCGACAAAAUACAAAAAUUAGUAUCAGCUUCAGGAAAUGAUAUUGAGAAAUAUUGGCCACUUCUUUUCGCCAAUGCUCUUAAAGGACAAGAUAUAAGCCGAUUACUCAGCAACUUUGGAAGCGGAAGUGCCAGCUCAGCACCAGCUACAACUUCUGCACACCAUAACUCAGCUUAUUUAACAGAUAGGCUCUGCCCCUAAUUUUAACGCAACCACUGAGGAUCUCUAAUAGAGGAGAUUCAACCAAUUUGCGACCAUAUACCCUCUUGCCUUCAGUUUGAGUAUUGGCAGCUUAGAUUGUGUGGCCUUGCUUGAGGCUGUUGAGUAGGAAGAAGCAAGGGUUGUCCACAACAACAAUUCCCAAGAAUGGAAUUUCUGGUAGACUUCAGCAUAGAGGAAAGGGCGUAACUCCUAGCUUCACGCUGUUAAAGUAAGUCCCCUAUUGGUCUAAGCAUUGUUUGCAAACUUUGCUGGGCAACCCACUUCCAACUCCCGAGCCGCACUUCCCUUGAAGUGCAGUCUAUCCUUAAAAGCGGACUUGAGCAAGGCUCUAAUACGCCAAGAAUUGAUUACCUAGUAUUGUUUCAAUUUCUGGAUUGGAAAAACCUUGCUAGAUAUAAUUGAAUAUACGCUCAAAAGAAGCUGGCAUAACCGACCGUGAAGUGCUGAGACACCAUAUUUAAUUAUAACUUCUGCACCAUCAGGAGAAACCAAGACAGAGGAAAAGAAGGAAGACAAGAAAGAAGAAGCAGAGGAAGAAGUCCUUGAUGGAGGCAUGGAUCUAUUCGGAGGCGAUGAAUGGUAA